GUUGAAAUGAAGCGAGGAGAAGGUCAAAUUAAUGAGGUCAACUGGACGGUUACUUUCUCAACAUCAUCAAUAUCAUCACCACCAUUAUCAUUUUUCAUUGCUGUAGUUGUAGUUGUAGUUGUCGCUGUUUCCAUUAUCGUUAUCAUCGCCGUUGUUGCUGCUGCCUUUGCCCUGAUUGCAAUAUCAUCAAAGCAACCUUUGCAGGAAAAUGGAAUAAGAAAUGGAAGUGAUUCAAAAUAUACCGUAUCUGAUAUUAAUUUAGAAUGCUCUCAAGGAUGGGAAAAGUACGGGUCAAAGUGUUUUCGGGUAUACACCACUGAACGUUCAUGGCCCCAAGCAUUACUUUUAUGCUCCAGAUAUGGAAGUCAACUUGCUCGAAUUGAAUCAUUUGUAGAAAACAGCUUUGUAUAUCGUCUAGUAAAUCGUCAACAGAAAAUUCUAUCAACAAAUCGCACCGAAUUCUGGAUCGGUGUGGUCGCGCAGCAAACUGAAGAUGAAGAUGCAUAUUUUUUAUGGUCCGAUGGUAGUAUAGUCUCUCGCUAUGUAGGAUUCUGGAACGAUGGUCAACCUGAUUAUCGAGAUGGUACCUGCGCAAAGGUGUCUAUCACAGCGACCGAUGGAUUACGGUGGAGUUUAGGAAUGUGCAAUACACUUUUACCUUUUGUAUGUGCUUUGCCUGCCUGUAUGAAAGGUAAAAUAGAAGGAUGUAACAGCGGUUCGUUUUUCUGUCAAAAUGGUAAAUGUAUAUCACAUUCUGCGCAUUGUGAUGGUGUAAAUGAUUGUGGUGAUUACAGUGAUGAAUUCAACUGUCCAGCUUCGCCAAAAGUGAUAGCAUGCCUCAAAUAUGAGAAGGGUGAAUCAGGUAAAAUCCAAACACCAAAUUAUCCGUCACCUUACAAUGCUAAUGCAAAUUGUCGUUGGGUCAUAGAAGGACCAAUCAAUUCCAGGAUCCAUAUAACACUAGAUGCAUUUGAAACUGAGGAAUAUGAAGAUUUUGUUACAAUUUUGGACGGUGGACCAGCUGAGAACUCAUCAGUUGUUAUGGCCAUUUUGUCAGGUUCCAAAAAGUCAGAGACGUUGAUUUCAAGUACCAAUGUUAUGGUUGUAAGAUUUAGCAGUGAUGCACAAAUUCAAGCACGUGGUUUCGAAGCAAUAAGUAUAUUAUGUGGAGGAAUAUUAAGAGCUCAACCCUAUGGACAGACAUUCAGUAGUCCAGACUAUCCAAAAGAUUAUCCAAAUGGUGUGGAAUGUGUUUGGAAAAUUGAUGCUUCUCCAGGACAACUUAUUUCUCUCAAUGUUGAAGAAUUUGAUCUAGAAGCUGAAAAUGAUUUUCUGCUCAUUUACGAUGGCAACACAUCCUUAGCACCAAUACUGGCUCGUUUGACUGGAACGUUUGCACAACCUCAACUUAUCAUUUCAAGUCAAUCUCAACUUUAUAUCUACUUUUAUUCAAACUUUGCUCGAAGCGGUCGAGGUUUCAGCAUUACUUACAAGCGUGGAUGUUCCAACCGAGUUAGGUUGGAUAAAGGAAUUCUGACAUCCCCUGGUUAUACUCAAAUUCCGUAUCCGAAUUCACAGAGAUGUAUUUAUACUGUAGAAUUACCGGGCGAAAAAUCAGAGCAGCCAACUGCUUUUGCUAUCAAUACUUUUGAUGUUGCUGAAGAUGAUCGACUAUUGAUCUACGAAGAAACAGAAGGCGGAAGAGCAUUACAUUCAGGAGACGGUUUUUCAGCUACUUCUCGUCCACCAAAAAGUAUCUUUGCUCAAACUGGUGUUGUGCAAAUUGUCUUCGUAACUAAUUCAAUCAGAAAUGGUCUUGGAUGGAACAUUACUUUCUCCACAAAUGAUUUUUUGAUAGACUGCCCACCUCUUCAAACACCCAAAUUCGUAUCACUCUCAACGAAAACAUCGGCAUUUGGAACAAAAGUAACGGCAUCUUGUCCACGGGGCUAUGAAUUUCGCACUGGACGUGGACAAAUGUUUGAUAUUACUUGUCAACUAGGUGGAAAAUGGACUGAAGACCAUAUUCCUGAAUGUCAACGUAAAACCGUUUACUGUUCCGCAGUUCCACAAAUCGCCAACGGAUUUGCAUCGUCCGCAACAAAUGUUACGUAUGGUGGGUCAGCGAAAUAUUCAUGUUAUGAUGGUUUUGAUUUUGCUAGUGGUAAAGAAUCAGAAGAAAUUUAUUGCACUGAUGAAGGACGCUGGACUCUUACCCCUUCUUGCAAAGCCAUGACUUGUCCUGCUCUUGCGCCUUUCUUAAAUGGUGAAAGAAUUCUGAAAUUCGGGGAUGGAACAGGUUAUGGUACUGUAUUUCGGUUUGAAUGUGUUCCUGGAUUUCGAAGAAUUGGUGCUGCAACACUCCUGUGCCUUUCAAACGGGGAAUGGUCUUUUGCUCAACCAUAUUGCAAAACUAAUGAAAUUAAAAUUAUCAACUUUGUGAGUUCAAAUUCAGAACUGAGUUGUAUCCAUGUGCCACCCAUUGCAAAUGGUGCUGUGGUAACGGGAGGGCGCUUUGAAUUCGGUGAUUUGGCUCGAAUUGAGUGUCAACCAGGAUUCCGAACUGUUGGAGCCGAUUCUUUGAAAUGUCUUGCAAACCAGACACUAAGCGAUGUUCCUGAAUGCCGGGAUAUUGAUGAAUGUGCUGAAGGAUCUGCCGUCUGCAGUGCUCAAAGCACGAAAUGUAUUAAUAUGCCUGGUGGUUAUCACUGCCAAUGUCUUUCAGGAUUUCAACCACAACUUUCAUGUAGUACAGCUUCAGUAUUGAAUACGCUUACGGCUGAAGGAAGUAGUGAAAUAGAUGGGUUUAGAAGCCAAGAUUACGCAACUACAGGUAGAUAUCCCAAAGCACUUUCAGGUUGGUGUGCAAACUCUGAAGAUCAGAGUCGAAAAAUUACAUUUGUUUUCGCAGUACCGAAAGUCAUUGAACGAUUACGUGUAGAAAAAACCUCAAAUGGUGCGUAUCCAACUAUUAUCGGAGUGAAAUAUUCAAAUCGUACUGGUGUACGAUUAACACCUUAUACUGUCUCGAAUUUCACUAAAUUAACUACUCGCAAUGUAGCUAUUGUUGGUGGUGAGCUACUCGUACUCCCAAAGGCUAUUGAAGCUCGCAUAGUAGAGCUUACAAUAGAAGAAUUUUCAACUGCUCCGUGCAUGAAAUUGGAUAUCCUUGGUUGUCAUAAAACUAACUGUCUUGAUGUCAAUGAAUGUGAACAGAACAAUGGUAACUGCGAGCAAAUUUGUAUCAACUCACAAGGAUCAUAUCACUGUGCAUGUGAAACUGGUUUUGAUUUACUUGUUCAAGAUGGACAAGGUGGUGUUCAUAUAAAGGAAGGUGAAACAGGCUUAAAUGCUUUGGAUGUUAUUCGUUACAAUCAGACUUGUGUUCCACGAAUUUGCGCCAAUUUAUCAUCACCAAUUAAUGGAUUGUUACUGUCCACUGCUAAAACGUUCCACUUUCCAAUGGUUGUACAAUUCCAAUGCAAUUUCUCAUAUCAAAUGAUGGGAGCAAGUCAUUUAAAAUGUAUGCCAGAUGGCAGUUGGAAUGGUACUGCACCACUUUGUCUCCCUGCUACAUGCCAAGGUGUGCGAAACAAUUCUGCAAUUGGUUUAUUUGUUUCUCCAGAAAACAGUACAAUUGCUUAUGGACGCAAUGUAUCUAUCGUGUGUAGCCAACAAAACAGACCAGCAAGUAGCUCAUUACUUUCAUCUUUCCGACAAUGCAUUUAUGACCCUCAAGAAGAUGGUCGUGAUUAUUGGUUAUCAGGACCAGAAAUCGAUUGUCCUUUGGUAGAUUGUGGUUCACCACCAUCACUUGCAGGUGCAGUAUACGAAGGAGAUGAUUAUUCAUAUAAGGUAGGGUCAGCGUUUACAUUUAGCUGUAGACCACCAUACAGUUUAGUCGGCAAGUCAAGCUAUGAUGACCGAACUAUUCGAUGUAAUGUUGAUGGUAACUGGGAUCUUGGUGAUUUACGAUGUGAAGGACCAGUUUGUGUAGAUCCCGGAUUCCCGGAUGAUGGUAAAGUACAAUUAGAUUCUGUAGAAGAAGGAGCACAGGCGAAGUUUACUUGUAAUAGAGCUGGCUAUAAACCAUUCCCAUCUGACAGAAUUAAUUGUACGCUCGGAGCAUCCUGCGUUUUAGCUGAAGAUGUUGGAAUUUCAUCAGGUUUCAUUCCAGACGGUGCUUUUGCUGACAAUUCAGAUUCCACUACUUGGGGUUAUGAACCACACAAGGCUCGAUUAUCUUCAACUGGUUGGUGUGGUUCUAAAGAUGCAUUUAUCUUUCUUUCCGUGGAUUUACAGCGUACAUACACACUGACAACAUUAAGAAUGGCUGGUGUUGCUGGCAGUGGACAUUUGCGCGGACAUGUUACUAAAAUGCAACUUUUUCACAAAGUUCAGUACAGUCAAAAUUAUGACACUUAUCCAAUUGAAUUCGAAACACCAUCUGGAAACCAUAAUGCCAUGCACCAGUUUGAACUUAAUCCACCACUUCGUGCUCGGUAUAUUUUAUUGGGUGUGACAGAAUAUGAGCAAAAUCCAUGCAUCCGCUUUGAUAUGCAAGGAUGUUUAGCACCUCUUUCUAUAGCACAUGAAAUACCGUCUCAUUUACAGGUCGGUUGGAAUGCAUCAGUACCACAAUGUAUUGAUAGUGAACCACCAACCUUUCAAAAUUGUCCAACUAAUCCAGUCUAUAUCUUGACUGAUGAUAAUGGGCAACUCUUACCUGCGACCUACGAAGUACCUAUUGCUGCUGAUAAUUCUGGUUCCGCAGCAUAUGUGCGUAUAACGCCAGAUGGCUUUGAACCUCCGAAAAUGAUUUCUCAUGAUAUGGAUGUGAUUUACACUGCAUUUGAUGAUGCUGGUAAUACGGCAGAAUGCAUCGUACAGUUAAGAAUUCCAGACACACAACCACCAGUGAUGAAGUGCCCUGAUUCAUAUAUUAUUCCUGCUAAAGAAGGGCAGUUCGAAGAGAUGGUUUUCUUUAAUGAAAGUGCAGUGCAAAUGGUAAUACAAGACACAUCAAAUAUCUCAGAUGUAACAUUUGAGCCAUCUGAAGCUUUACUUACUCUUGGAUCACACGUUACAAUUGAAGUCACAGCUACUGAUAUUGCGUCAAAUAGAAAUAAAUGCAAAUUUCAAGUAUCUCUCCAAGCUGAACCUUGUUCACCUUGGUCAUUGGUCACUGAUGCAAAUGUUGAAAAACAGUGCCAGACGCAAAAUAUGUUAACUGUUUGUACUGUGAAGUGCGCGAAAAAAUUUACGUUUGUAAAUGAAGAAACGGCUUCGCAACAAUUUAUUUGCUCAAAUGGUUUGUGGUCACCAUCAAAUGUUGUACCAGCCUGCAUACCAAUUGCUCAAGAACCAGCUCGUUAUGAAUUGACUGUUAGCGUUGAUUACGCCGUUCCCACACCAGUUGGCAAUGACUGUCUCAAAGGUUAUUCGGAAUACGUUGCUACAUUCUUUGAUUCUUUGGAUGCAUCUUUAUCUCAACGGUGUUCUUCAUCUGUUGAAGUAUUCGUCCGUUUUCUUGAUGUCAAAUUUAGCGGUACUAUGAAUGCUGUUACUGCCAAUUUUACUAUUCAAAUACUUCCAACAGUGCUGCAAGAUGUCUUUUAUGAAUUGUGUGGCUUGACAUUAAAAACAAUUUUCGAUUUAAAAAUACCAGGUGCGACCACAUCUAUUCGAAGUCUUCUCUAUGUAAAUGGUGAAACAAUCGCAACUCAGUCAGUUGGUUGUCCAUCUAUCAAUGCAACUAAAACAACAGUCGUUCAAGGCUUUGGUUGUACUGAUGGUGAAAUCUUACGAGAAGGUGCCGAGAAAAUGCUUCCAGAAUGUCUUCAAUGCCCAAAAGGGACUGUGCAUAUCAACAAUACAUGUGAAUUGUGCCCCGCCGGAAGUUAUCAGGAUGAAGUGGCCCAAAUAACCUGUAAAUCAUGUCCAGAACAAGCUUUCACGCAGUUUCCAGGAGCUCAGACAUUUAAUGCCUGUCUUCCUGUCUGUGGAAACGGUAUGUACAGUGAAACUGGCUUGAUUCCUUGCCAACUGUGCCCUCGACACACUUUUGCUGGCCCUCCUAUAUUCGGUGGAUAUAAACAAUGUGAACCAUGUCCACAAGGUUCAUAUACAGCAAAGUUAGGCUCUACUGGUCCAUCGCAGUGCAAACUUCCAUGUCCAGUCGGUCAUUUCUCAUUGACAGGCUUAGAACCAUGUUCGCCUUGUCCUAUUAAUUGGUAUCAACCAGUUGUUGGGCAACAGAGAUGUAUAGAAUGCCCAAAUAAUACGGUAACACGAGAUACUGGCACUGCAGAAGCUACUGAUUGCUUGCAAGUGGAUUGUUCAUCAGUAAAAUGUGAAAAUAAAGGAACAUGUGCAGUAGAAAAUCACAAAGCUAUUUGCCUAUGUCGACCGGGAUUCACGGGUAAAUAUUGUGACGAACAAAUGCCACUGUGUGAUACUCAACCGUGCUUCAAUGAGGGAAUUUGUGAAGCUACCGCUGGCACAUUCCGUUGUAUAUGUGCCCAAAAUUACACUGGAAGUAGAUGUCAGUUUGGACCAGGUGAAUGUAUUGGUAUGAGCUGUCCAAAUGGAGGUGUAUGCCAUGACUUACCUGGCUUGGGAACAACAAAAUGUAUAUGCAGGACAGGCUUUACAGGCCCAGAUUGUUCACAAAUUGUGGAUCCAUGCUUUAUGGAUAAUCCUUGUAAACACGGCGCAGAUUGCGUACCGCUUCAGUUAGGUAGAUUCAAAUGCAAAUGUUUACCUGGAUGGACUGGGCCAACUUGUUCCAUUAAUAUUGACGACUGUGCUGAUAAUCCAUGUGCUAUGAAUGCAACUUGCACGGAUCUUGUUAAUGAUUUUCGAUGUGAAUGUCCUCCUGGAUUUGCUGGGAAACGAUGUCAUGAAAAGAUUAAUUUGUGUGCGCAAAAUCCAUGCACUAAUGGUUUAUGCGUUGACAUGUUGCAUACGCAACGAUGCAUCUGUGAACCAGGUUGGACCAACGAAUUAUGUGAUGUAAAAAUUGAACAGUGUGCUUCACAUCCAUGCCUCAAUGGUGCUACCUGCAAGGAUCAGAUUGAUGGAUUCAUCUGCCAGUGUGCACCAGGAUUCCAUGGCUAUCUUUGUCAGCAUAUGACUGAUCAUUGUGCGACAUCUCCGUGUCGGAAUAAUGCUACUUGUGUAAAUCAAGGAGCACAAUAUAUUUGUGAAUGCCUGUUAGGGUUUGAAGGUACCCAUUGUGAACAUAAUAGAAACGAAUGUGAUUUAUUGCAUAAGUGCUCCCAAGAAGGUACUGAACUUUGUGAAGAUUUAAUUAAUGACUACAAAUGUAACUGUCGUCAUGGGUAUACAGGGGAACUUUGCGAAAUCCAUAUAGAUCAGUGUGCAUCCGAACCAUGUCUAAAUAACGGCACUUGCGUGGACACUGGAUCACAGUUUCGAUGUGAUUGCCCACGAGGUUGGAAAGGUACGAGAUGUGAGGAGGAGGAUGGUUUGUGUGCUCUGAAUCCAUGUCACAAUGAUGCACAUUGCGUGAAUCUGGUUGGUGAUUAUUUCUGUGUGUGUCCGGAAGGUGUUAGCGGAAAAAAUUGUGAAAUUGCUCCUAAUCGUUGUCUAGGAGAACCAUGCCACAAUGGAGGUGUAUGUGGUGAUUUUGGUUCACAUCUGGAAUGCACUUGUCCCAAAGAUUUUAUCGGCACUGGGUGUCAGUAUGAGCUAAAUGCAUGCCAGGAAGGUGUGUGUCAAAAUGAUGCCGUUUGUGAAUUACUUGAAGGAGGCAAUUAUAGAUGCAUUUGUGAACCAGGAUUCACUGGCCAGAACUGUGAAACAAAUAUAAAUGACUGCUCACCAUCACCAUGUCCGCUUGCAGCAAAUUGUAUCGAUCAGGUUAGUGGUUUCUUCUGUCAGUGUCCAUUCAAUAUGACUGGGUUAAACUGUGACAAAGUGAUUGAUGAGGAUUAUGAUUUGCAUUUCUACGAUCCAGUAUUGCCUGCAGCAGCAGCUUUGUCAGUACCAUUCAAAUUGACAUCUUCUGCUUUCACAAUUUCACUUUGGGUUAAAUUCGAUGUUCCUUUAACGCGUGGAAUUGUCCUUACUCUUUACAACAGCAGAGAAAGUAAUUAUCCUUCAAAAGUAAACGCAUUAUUGAGAAUAUCGGCAGACAACAUUCAUUUAAAUCUUUUACAAGAUGAAACACCGUUAAAUCUACACUUUCCUUCAACUCAGCGUUUAAAUGAUGGAAACUGGAAUAACCUCGUUAUAACUUGGAAAUCAGCUGAUGGAUCCUAUUCAAUAAUAUGGAAUGCUGUUCGCAUAUACGCUAAUGUCGGCUAUGGUGUCGGCAAAAUUUUGGAUAUCAACGCAUGGGUAUCAUUAGGUGAGCCAUUGAACGAGUUUUCAAGUGAACCAAAGUUUGUUGGAUCUGUUACACGAAUAAAUAUGUGGAAACGAGUUAUUGACUUUGAAACAGAAAUACCAUCAAUUGUACAUCAUUGCCAGCAGCAGCAAAUUAUCUAUAAUGACCUCAUCUUACGUUUUGCUGGUUAUACACGACUGUCUGGAAAAGUCGAAAAAGUUGUACGAAGUACGUGUGGACGAAGCUAUGGCCUAAAAUCAGUCAAAAAUAUCGAAGUUCUUGGUUGCCCAUCAGAUAUUUUUGUGAUGACUCAUCAAAAAGAGGUAAAUGUUACAUGGCAAGAACCAAUAUUUACAUCCGCAAAUGGAUAUGUUGAAGUGGAGAGAAACCUUAAACCAGGGCAAGUAUUCACAUGGGGAGAAUAUCUUGUCGUUUACCUUGCUAAGGACAAUCAUUCAAUGGUUAAAUGCAUUUUUAAGAUUCAUGUAUCGAGUGAUUUUUGUCCUGCGUUGCAAGAUCCUGUACAUGGCGUGCAAGCUUGUGAAUCUUGGGGUCCUCAAUUACGCUACAAAGCAUGUUCUAUUCAAUGUGAGCAUGGUUACGAAUUCAGUAUUGAACCACCUAUAUUCUAUACUUGUUCUUCUGAUGGACAGUGGAGACCACGUCCUGCAAAUGCUUACACAUUCCGGUACCCUCAAUGUUCCAAGGCACAUCCAGCAGUGCGAGUUGUUGAAGUAUCCAUCAAUUAUCCUACUGUAUCGAUAUGUAAUGCUGCUGGCAAAAUCACAUUUGCAGAAAAGUUGUCACAACGAAUUGAAUUGCUGAAUAGUAAAUGGAGUUUUUAUUCUAAUAGGUUGAUUGAAUUGGAUAUUUUCCUAGCUUUUUUUUUAAUUUGUAGCAACAUAACUGAUCAUUCAACUUUCAAUAUAUCCGUACAAUGUUUUUCUGGAAAUGAUGAAACAACUGCAAUGUCAGUUGAUGGUGCUACCAGAUUUCGACGUGAAACACAAAAUUUUUUCAAUGUGAAGGUUUCUAUCCCGAUUACAAGCGAAGUUCUGGAGAAUCGGAAAACGGGACAAAAAGCAAAAGUAUCUGAUGUAUUGGAGAAUGAAAUCCUACUUCGGGACAUUUUUAGCUUAGAACAGGCAAAACUUUGUACCAGGGUGGUUCUUCCUAAUGGUCGGCCCGAUUUAAAUAGCUUUGAGUUGAAAGAACGGCGUAUUUGUGAAAUGGGAGCUGUAAAUGUUGGUAAUUUAUGUGUACCUUGUGCUCCGGGUUCAUUUUAUGAUUCGAUAUCACGUACCUGUAAAUUAUGCGCGACUGAUGAAUAUCAGCCUCGUACAGGACAAACUUCUUGUAUACCUUGUCCUCGGGGUUAUAUGACAACUUCUCCUGGUUCAACACUUUCAACAGAUUGUAAAAGUGCAUGCGAAGCUGGCUCAAUGUAUAAUAUUAGCAGUGGUUCUUGUGAGCCUUGUGGGUUUGGAUUUUAUCAACCAGUGUCUGGUGCUUUUAAUUGCAUUCCAUGUGGUGUUGGUAAAACAACAUUGAAAACAACCUCAACAGCAGAAGAUGAGUGCCGUGAUGAGUGUCCUGAUGGUGAACAUUUAACACAAGUUGGAGUAUGUCUUCCUUGUCCACAAGGAACUUAUCGUACGCGUGGUGUUCACAAAAGCUGUGUUGACUGCCCACCAGGCACUACAACAGAAGGCAUUGCAUCCGUUCGCCGAAUGCAGUGUAAUACACCGAAAUGUUCUGCAGGACAGUUUCUCGUUACUGCUUCGGAAUUUUCAAGCGGAAAUCCAUUACUAAUAUAUUUUUCAGUAAGCAGUGCCAAUUUUGCCCACGGGGAACAUACCAAGAUGAAGAAAUUCAAACUGCCUGCAAGCUUUGUUCACCUGAUCAUACUACUGCUUCUCAAGGCAUCUUUUUUUUUUGCUUUUUUUCUUUAUAAAAAUAACCUAAAAUUCACCAUGACCUUUAUUGAUUAUGGCAUGUUAUUUAAAUUGAUCAACACAUCAAAUUUAGGAGCAACUCAAGCAAGUCAAUGUUACUCGACAAAUCAGUGCGCUACUGGAGAAGAUGAUUGUUCAUGGUAUGCGAUAUGCAUUGACUUACCAGAUGAAAACGAUGUUCCAAACUAUCAGUGCAAAUGCAAGCCUGGCUAUAAAGGAAAUGGAACACACUGUCAGGAUGCUUGCAACAAUUUCUGUCUCAAUGAUGGUACUUGUAAGAAAAAUCCGAUUGGUUAUGUGGAAUGUAUAUGUAAAGAAAAUUUCUCUGGCGAUCGCUGUGAGGUUCGCUUUCAAGCACGGACACAGAAAGUAGCUUUUAUCACUGCUGGUAUUGGUGGAGUGGUUACUAUUCUUGUUGUUAUUGUUAUCAUUAUUUGGAUGAUAUCAUAUCGUUUUAAUCGAAUUGAGGAGUCAUCAGAACCAGAAAAGUGCCCAGUAGAAGAAAACACUCAUACCAAUUUUCUUUAUGGGCGUGUUCCAAGUGAACAACCCAGACCAAUAGGCUACUACUAUGAGGAUGACGAUGAGUAUGAUAUGAAAACGAUGUUUGUGGGGGAAGAAGAGAAAGAAAUGGCGGAAAGAGUACGACAUGCUCAGGCGCAUAUGUACACGCCGUCUAAUAAUAGGCUUGAUUGA